UCUCUGGUUCUAUGAUCUCAGUGAAGCCAAGUGCACAGGACCCUGGAGGCCUCUCACAUUUUCAGAGGAGAUUUGGUGAUACUGGUGAUAACCUGGUGCCAUACAGGGAGACAGCUGCCUUAGUGCAGGGCGCUAUCUGAGAGAAAGCUUUCAGAAAAGAAGGGAAAAGGGAUCCAAAGACAUUACAGGAAAAUUGUAAAUACGCACGCCGGGAAGCGGAGCUGCACCCCAUCCUGGCUCCUGCCUGCUUCCUGCCAGCGCGGGGAGGGGGAAAUAUAAACAGCGGCGUCUUGGGCAGAGCUGGGAUGCUGCCGCUGGACAGGCUGUGCUGCGGAGCAGAGGCAGCGCUCGGGAAGCUGAAAACUGAAGAUGGCAGAGCCUGAAAGCACAGUCAUAAACACCAAGGUGAAACAGAAAGAUCCCAGCAAGGCACUGGUCAUUGCUGUGACCACCAGAGCCAUCUUCAACUUGGAGAAGGAGCACAAACUCUACCUGGAGAAGGGCAAGGAGGAGUACACAAGGCACCAGCAGGCCAACCAGGACAAGCCCCUCCCACCAGGCACAGCCUUUGCCUUCAUCCAGGCAGUGCAGUAUGUGAACAAGAAGAUGCUGGAGAGCAACCCAGCAGAGAAUGACCUCUUUGACAUCCUGGUGCUCUCCAACAACAGCCCAGAGAGCGGAGCACGCAUCAUCAACAGCGCCAAACACUAUGGCCUGGAGAUCUCCAAGUUCUGCUUUGUCAGCGAUGAGGACUCCACACAGUACCUGAAGUCCCACGGGGUCAAGCUCUUCCUCUCAGCUGACAGGACAGAUGUGUGCAAUGCCCUCCAGAGAGGGGUCUCAGCAGCGCUCAUUUUCCAGCAAGAGGUGCAGGCCCCCAGCACCCCACUCCGCGUGGUGUUUGACGGGGAUGCCGUGCUCUUCUCCGACGAGACAGACCAGAUCUUCCAGGAGCACGGGCUGGAGGGGGCAGUGCGGUACGAGCACGCAAUGGAGGCCGUGCCCAUGGGAGAGGGUCCCCUGAAGACUUUUGCCAUGCACCUUGGGAAGAUGCGCAGGAAGUUCAGCCAGGAAAAAUCCCCCAUCCGCACCUACCUGGUGACGGCGCGCAGCGGCCGGGACAUGGGCAUCCGAGCCAUCAAGACGCUCCGGGAAUGGGGCCUGGCCAUCGAUGAGGCUUUCUUCAUGGAUGGGGCUCCCAAGGGCCCCAUCCUCGCCCAGAUCCAGCCUCACAUCUUCUUUGAUGAUGGGCUUCAUAACAUCCAAGGGGCUCAAAAUGUGGGUGUGCCCUCUGCCUGGGUCCCCUCCUGCUGCUGAUGGGCUGCAGUCCUCCCCCCCCAGCCACGCAGGGGACUGGGCCAGUUGGAGGCAAACCUUAUGGUGGAAAAGGAGAGAUUUCCUGACAUGCAGCAAGUAAAUCUCAGGAAAAGGGGACAAGAGCGUGGACUCCCAUGCAAAACUUAAUGCUCAUUUCUGCUGCUGAUAUGAGGUCCUUUAGGUCUUAGGAUAAAGCGAAAAGAUGCAACUGCUCUAGGAGAGAAAGACACCUUUGCUGUGACACUGAGGACUACACCUACAUGCCCAGUAGGACCUGG